ACGAUAUUUUAAUGUUUUAUAUGCGCUUAAAUGUAUAAAGUUAAUUUACAGACAGCGUGAAUUUGUGUAAACGUCGUGGAAGCAUAUACAACACAGUAUAUAUUUAGUCAUCCCUGCGGCUUGCCUUCGCAGGUUCUAUUUAGGUACAGUUUACGAAAAGCUCGUGCAAACUGAAAAUAAUGUUGUGAGGCAAAGUAGUUUUUCUCAUUUCAUUGAUAAAAUUAAAAUACAAGAUUUCGAAGUUUGUAUGACAUGUUAAAUUCAAACAAAAAAUAUACUGCAAAAAGAAGUAAAUACACACUGGACACUAAUGACCAGAGGACGUCUUUGCAACUUAGCUUGGACUGUUUGAAGCGAUCGUGUAAAGUACUUAUAGAAGAUGUUGGAUGCAAACUCAAUGGCAACACUUCAAUAAAUCUAUGUCGGCAGUUUGAUUCAUUUGAAAGAAAAUUAGAGGCAAGCACAUCAACAAAUUUUUAUUCCUUGACUCAUAAGCAGCAUCGCAGUAAAUCAAAAGUAAGGUCAUUUCAUCGAAAGGAUAAAAACAAAGAUGGGAAACAUAAAGCAAAAAGUAACAUAAAAAUCUUACCAGAGUUAAAAAACAUAAAAAAGGAAAAAGGCAUUUUCAGCCAUGCUGUCUUUAAUGAGACACAUGAUAGGAAUUUUCAAAAUGCAUCUCUAGGUGUACAAAGUGAAAAAAAGAACACAGGUUCUUCGAAGGACACAAAACUAUCUGAACAGUGCUUAGAUGCUGAUCAAGCUGUUUUCUCCAGUAAAGCACUUGAUGCUUUACUUGAUAAUGAAGUUGAAAGUCUUCAACAGUCUUUUAUAUCUGAACUGGCUGAUGCACAAUCAGAUGUGUCAAAAAUUAAGUAUGUCACUCCAACCAGUCAGUGUAGCUAUGUGAAAACAUUGGAAUCAGCACUUCAGCGCAAAAGUAAAACACCCUCAAUGUCCACUUCAAAAGAAAAUGAUGUCAAAAGUUCUUCAAAUGAUGAUCAAAGUAAAAGACGAUCUAACCUAUCUAAAGAUCAAUCUCAUAGCCUUGUAUUAAAGCCUACAUUUAACUUAUCAAGGGCUAGAAAGUCUUUGGAACAUGUACAUCAUCGGUAUAAGAGCCUUGAAUUAAAAGGCAUACCACAUUCCAAAAGACAAUUGAGCCCAUCUAAAGUUCAAUCAAGAAAUGUACAACGUAACAAAGCCUUAAAAAAGAAACUUUUAAAUCUCGGGUUGGAGAGAAAGAACAAACUUAAAAAUCAGAAAGUGUUACAGGCACCAAAGGGAACUAGAUUAAGUUGCAGAGAGAUAAAAAAGUCGAAGCGCAAACAACAAUUCUCAGAAACUUUUGUUCAACCCGUAUCCGCAACUCAAGCACAGUUUUCGAUGACAGCUCUGCAUUUACUUUCAAGAUGGAAUAAGUUGGAAAAAGAUUAUUCGCCAUCCUAUGGGGCUAUUGAAGAAGUUUCAACAGAAUUUCAAGUAAAUAGUAUUCUGCAAGAGAUGACAAAGAGGAAUUUGAGAAAGCGUAAGCACAUGUCUAUCCUUGAAGAGGUUUCUUUGAAAAAGAAGAAAAAGCUCAGGGUGUCGGUUAAACCAAGAACUAACAGAUUUCUAAUAAAGAUCUCUGGAACAUUAAGUGAGCAUGCUGUCGGUGCUGUCAAACUAGAUAUUCUUGAAAAAGAAGUCUCUGCAUCUCCGAAGAAGGACAUCCAAUCUCUUAAGGUAGAGGACCUUAUCUUGGAUCUUGAGAAACUUCCUCAAAUUGAAAACGCUGACUUUGCUGAGGAAGUAGAUGUGGCCUCUGUAUCAGAUGAAACUUCAAAUUCAUGUUUGCUGAACUUUCCUUGGGAAGUUUGUGAAAAUGAAGAGGUUCCAUUGCAUAUAGAGAGCGAAAUACAAAUUGAGAAUAAGGAAUGUCCAACGCUAGGUCCUCCAUCCCUGUUUGAUACUUCUUGUUCUACAAAAGCUCAUAAAAUUUCGUAUCCUCGCGUAAAGUAUAAGAGAAAAGUUGGUUGGAAGAAAAGCUCUGGCAAAAUACGAAGUAAAAAAGUUUUACGAAGUUACCGUUUGCACAGGUUGAAUGCAAAGGUAAGACUUUUUAAGUCUCUCUAUUUCUCGGAAGUUCCUGUUUCUCUGGCAAGGCACAAGAAAGUGCCUAAAACAACAUCAGUUACAAUAUGCAAGCAUAAACUUCAAUGGAGAGAAAUUAAACUAUACAGCGACACAGUUCUUCUUCCGCAAGUUUUUGCAAUCACUCCCAACUUGAACUGUCAGUUCUCACCAAAGGAAACGGUUCCAACAUUUGGAUGUACUGCUGCAAGGUGUAGAGGGUUUGGAAACAAAACAACAAAAGCAAUAAAAUCAGCAGAUACAACCCACCAGGUAGUUCCACCUACAGAAAAACAGGCUCCAUUCCCAAUCAUGGAGUUUGGAUCGUAUUCCACCGCAUCUGGAAUUUCAAUUAUACAGUUGGUCAACCCACAGAACAACAGUCAUAAUAAGCUUCAUGUGAUCAAAGUCAUGUCUACAUGUGAUUGGUCAAUUUGCCGAGAAAAGAUGAUUGAAUGUAUGAUUCAAAGUCAUAAUGAACUCAGGAAAACACAGCGGGGGAAGUACACCUGUACCUCAGUUGAUGGGUUUUGUCUGGAAGUUCUACGUGUGCAAGCAUUUAAAGUGCUGGGACGUAACAUUACUGUACAAGUAAAAAAAGCAUUGAAUGUCUCACCAACCCAGCAGAUUUCACUAGUGAAAAUAUCAAAGGGAGGACACAAAGAACCCAACAACUUUGCCUCCACCGUGAUGAACAUGCUCGAACUUGAUGAGGAUCAAAGUGCUCCUUUCCAAUCCUUUCUUGGUAUCUUCACACUAAAAGAUCGCAUCACACCAGAGAGUGACAACGAAGUUUAUGAAGACAUACCGCAUGAACCAAUUGAAAUCACUCCAACUCCACCAAAACCAACUACAAAGCGAUUCCAACUUGGUACUUUGGGCUGUUUAAACAAACUAAGCAAUGAACCAGUUAAGGAAGACAAAUUACCCAAGAUGGUUCCUACUGUUCUGUCAUCCCGUUCAAAAUCUGUGACAGCGAAUGAUGCAAAAUCAAAAAAGGUAUCAGUUGUUAAACCUGCAGUGACAACAGAGCUACUGAAGUAUGUUUCGCAGCCAUUUGAGUUACCUAAAGAGGAAGAAAAACCAACUAAAUGUUAUACAUUCACUUCAGCAAGUGAAUUGGCAAAGUUUGCAUCUCAAGUUGCAUCCCAACACACAGCUCCAUCUAUUUUUCUCUCAGGUAGUAACAUCCCCUUAAAUAUAUUAACAUGCCCAAAGCCGAUAUUGCGUAAUAUAAAAAAGAAGAAUGAGCCACAAGAACCACAGCCAGUUGUACCAUCUCAUCAAGUACCCACACCUUACAUCCAACUUCAUCCUUCAUCUCAUGUCGGGAAAAAUAUUGUAUUGCCAACUGACUUAAAUGAAUCCAGUGUAAAAGAACCCCCCAAAAAACAACCAGAGGCAUGCGAGAAAACCAAGAAACCAUCAAUUAAGAAUAAACCAUUAACCAAGCUUACGACUGUUUAUCCAUGCUUCAAGGUCAAACCUGAAAAUAUUGCUUUAAAAGUUGGUCCUGGUCCUGUUGUCAACACUGCAGCAGAUUCUGAAUCAAAAACCACACCAACAGGUACUGUUGCGCGGGAUGUAGUUUCCAAUCCUUUACCGUCCUUAAUAUUUCGUCAUGCUUCCAAAGGAUUAUUUCGGGUAGAGUCAAAUUUGAAGGUGCUAAAAGAUGAGAAAGCAAAAUCCGUCGAGACUGAUGUAGCACAACAACAAGUAGCAUCUUCUUCUUCGAAAGAAACUGUAAUACUGCCUGGCUUAUCGGUGCAGCCAGUUUCGGAUGUUGUUAAGCCAAAACAAAGACCUUUACUGCCCAAAACCACGGGGCAAACACCACCAGUAGUAGAAAACCAAGCACUGCCUGUUAGUGGACCUGUCAACAAAAACAAAAUUGACAGGAACUGCAAAAUCCGAGCAUCUGUAAUCGAAGACACUCGAUUAACAAAGAGCGAAAACCAUCUGCAGAAUGUCUUAAAUCAAAUGAUGAGCAAAGCAAUUAAGAAUGUUCCCAUACCAGACCCACCUCUUCUUAAUGGUCCAACAUUGAUUAAACCAAAGGAAGAAAAUCCAGAAAGAUUUGAAGAUAAGAUCUCAGAUGUAACUUCAUUUUCUGCUGUUUCCACGCAAACAAAUUUUGAUUUAACAGAUUUAAAUGACAGUUUAUCGUGCCAUGAGUCAGCAGAACUAAGUGGAUCAGAUGCAUCAUCAUCAUUAACAGAUAGGAUGAGUGGCAUCCGGAAGAAUGAAACAUUCGAGCAGGAUCCAGAUCAAGUCAUCGCUGAUGAGAAUUACGAACGGGGAAAAAUGAUCUCUUGGUACACUGGACAGAUAUUGCCAGGGCAAGAGGAAGUUGAUAUUUGUGGUGAGUUCGACACCGCACUGAUUGCAAAGACUUUAUUAAAAAGAAGCAAAGAAGUUCACAGCACAAACCUAGCAACCUCUUAUGUCAAUGCGAAGAAAAAAAGGAAAGCUUUGGAAGAAGAGGUUGAAGAAAUAAGGGAAGGGUUUCAAAGACUUGUGAGAGAUAAACCGGAAAAGGAUCUGACAAGAUUACUUCACGUUCGGUCAGAAAAAAUGAGACGAGCUGCACUAAGAGAGGCGGUGCUACGUUUAAGUAACUGUCUGAAGAAACCUCCUCCACAGCCACAUGUAAAACAAGUGGUUAUUCAGGCGACAAAGCAAUGUGUUUCUUUAAAAGAGGAAUAUGAGAAAAAUCAGAAACAGUUGGCAUCACUAAAGAAAAAAAAUGCGCAGUUAAUGGCCAUCGUCUUAGAACUGUCAGGACCACCACCUGUUUACAAAACUCCAAUACAAGAGAAGGCAGAGCAAAUUUCACCAGUCACAGCAGGCAACAAGCAAAUGAUUGCUUCUGUCGAAGUUUCAUCAAGAAGAAAGAAGCAAGUCUUUGUAGAACGUAGAGAGGAACCACAGACCGACCCAUCCAUAAUCACAUCAGCCGCAAAGUACUUAGCACGAAUAUCUGAAGAGUGAAAAUCGUAUGUAUUUUAUCGCUAGUUUGUAUAGUUUAUCAUGAAUUUAAACUACGUUUCACUCGCCGUUGAUUUUAUGAUCGCAUGAUGAAAAUAUAGUCGUCAAAAAUUUUUCA